CACUCUGUCUCUCUUCUCUCUCCUCUCUCUCUCUCUCCGAGCACGUCUACCCCAACAGCUGCUACAGCUCAAUAUUGGCAGAAAAAAAAAAACUCUGGUCAGAACCAUGUCUUACAGGAAAUAUCAGCCACCAGUACACAGACAGGUCACGCAGGAAGAAAUUGAAGUUUUAACCAAUGACCUAAAAUAUGAUUGCUCUAUUGAUCAGAUCCAGGCUAUAAAAGACGUGGCUAACGAAAGCCUACAGGAUCUCUCAGUCCUAGACUCACUAUGUGAACCGAUACCGCUAGUGAAGUAUCCCCGGACCCCAGGCUACAGACCUGCCCCUGAAGACAGAGUUGGCAAUUCUUGGGCCUGGAGGUGUAACAUACAGGGAGCGACCUCUGGCAAACUGUCUGGAAAAACGUUUGCAAUCAAAGACAAUGUCUCAGUGGCUGGUGUUCCAAUGUCCAACGGAAGCAGACUUCUACAAGGCUAUAUUCCAGAGUUUGAUGCAACAGUUGUGUCCCGAAUUUUAGAUGCAGGUGGAAGAAUUCUGGGGAAAUCCUCUUGUGACGAUUUUUGUCUUAGUGCCAUGGGAUUUUCAUCUGUUGAAGGUUACAUAACGAAUCCAAACAGGCCAGAUUACAGAGUCGGUGGAUCUAGCGGUGGUUCUGGAGUUUUGGUUGCAACCAAACAAGUGGACAUGGCCAUCGCUGCUGACCAGGGUGGGUCAAUACGCAUCCCUGCAGCUUGGACGGGAACUGUGGGUCUUAAGCCGACCUAUGGCCUGGUUCCGUAUACAGGCCUGGUGCCCAUAGAGCCAACAGUGGACCACGUGGGGCCCCUCACACGUAAUGUCACAGACUGUGCCUUGUUUCUGGAGGUGAUCGCUGGUAAUGAUGGACUAGAUGGGAGACAAAGGGCUGACGUUGAAAUCCCAGAAUACAGUAAACUUCUGGAACCUGGUAUACUCCACAAGAAACUCGGGGUUCUACAAGAAGGACUUGACACUUGUGUUCCUGAAACUCAAAAGUCAAUCAAUGAAUUCCUUCGCAAUGCUCCCUUGGCUGGACUGGACCUGGCCAAUGUCUCUGUCCCUCUUCAUAAACACGGGGGAGCAAUAUUUACCGGUUUCAUUGCACCUGGCGCCAACACCUGUUUCCAGAUGGGCACUGCAGGUCAGUUUCUGCAAGGCUUUUAUCCGACCUCACUUGAGAAAGCCGUCCGCCAGGGUCGCCAGUGUUCCGGCAGUCUGCUUGCGCCUGGGAUCAAGACCUUCACAACCAUUGGUGAGCUUCUGACACGUCGCUAUGGCAACCACUACUACUGCAAGAGCAGAAACUUGAUCCUGGAACUGACCAAGCAGUACGAAGAGGCUUUGACAAAGUGCGACGUCAUUGUCAUGCCGACCUUGACCCACGUGUCAUCAAAGAUUACCGAGAAGAAGGCAACAGAGGUAGAAUCGCAACUAGCCUACAUAAUGGAGAGUACUGACCAGAUAGCCAAUACAGUAGUAGCCAACAUGACUGGCCACCCGGCACUGACCCUGCCACUUGGCAGUCUUGGGGAUGGCUCGAAAGACAGUCUGAUGAUCGUUGGAAGGAAGUAUGAUGAGCUUACCGUGCUGCAAGUGGCCAGGGCGCUGGAGAAGAUCAUCCCAGAGAGACUGGGCACUUUGUAAAAUUUUCUUUAUUGAAAUCUGCUUUUCAUGUUGCAUUUUAUAUUACUUUGUAAUGUAUGUGUAUAUGUCUCGAUUUAACACAUCUUUAUAUCACAUUGA